UGUUGCUGGACUGGGCGGCUGUUAUCAACAUCUCAUCAUCUCUCACCCACCCUCAGUCUCACUCUCUCCCAAUUGAAUUGACACUAGCUGCUCGUAGUAAAUAGCUGGACACUCGCUCGACAGGUUCAGGGCACUAAAAGAAAGUGUCAUGGCUGGUACCUUUUACUACCUAGCUACCCGCCUAACCUAGCUUCUUCCUCGAGCUUCCCAGUUCCCCUUCCCACCCCCACCUGCCCUCCAAUUCAAUUAGGUACCCAAGGUCCCGAGUCCAAAGUACUGCAUCCGUAUCUGUAUCUUUUCGUUCCAAACACAGGUCUUGGGCGACAUCAUUCAUCAUCCGUUCGUGUCGCACUCGGCGCCGUGUCUCUCCCACACCCACACACCACCACGCACGCACUCUCAUUCUCUCAUCCUCACCCUCACUUCCCUUUCUCUCUUCUUCGCAUUCCCUCCUCUUCCACCUUUUCUUCCUCCACCUCUUCACCCACUGCCGCUGCCGUUGCCAUUCAUUCCACGGCUUCAGCGUUGACUCGCCCGGCCCCGUCAUACUCUCUUUUCUUUCGUCAUCAUCCUCAUCGUCAUCUUGCGCUGUGCUAUUCUACCCGGCGCCCUCUGUCGUCCGUCGCCGUUUGCUCGACACCGAUUGUUUUGAUACCCGUCCCAGAGAGCCUCGACUCAUGUAACCGGCCCCCAAACCCGGCUCUUUUCUUUCGCUUUGCCGCGCGCUGGCAGUCCUGUUUCAUCCAUUUUGUUCAACUUUUAAAAAACACAGCGGGUAGCGGUCCUCCUCCGACGCAGCUCGCGGAACAGCGCAGCAACAGCAAUACCAACAAACAAACAAACCAUAGACAUGGCGGCCGCCAAGUCGAAAGUUCACCCCCUCAAUGGCAUGCAUACGGCCGGAAUCUUCGCCGACCCCAGCGUCGACGGGCCCUUGAUCGGUACCCUGGUCGCCAUUGUCGACCGCGCGAAGAACCUGCCCAACCGCAAGACCAUUGGAAAGCAGGAUCCCUACUGCGCCGCACGACUCGGCAAGGAAGCAAAGAGGACGACAACAGACGUUCGCGGAGGCCAGACUCCCAGAUGGGACCAGGAGCUUCGAUUUGCUGUCCACGACUCGCCAGACUACUACCAGCUCAAGGUAUCGGUGUUCCACGACGACAAGAAGACGGACCUCAUUGGAGAGACAUGGAUCGAUCUGAGGGACAUCAUUGUGCCUGGCGGCGGCCAAAACGACAUCUGGCGCAACUUAAUGUUCAAGGGGAAGUACGCUGGCGAGGUGCGCAUGGAAAUUACAUACUACGAUCAGCGUCCGAAACCCGAAAAGCCCGUUGCGAAGCCCAAGCCCGUCGACGCGGAGCCCGUCGAGAACCACUAUGGCACUAUCCCCCGUAAGCAGAUCAAGCGUCGUCCGCUACCGUCCGAUCCUUUCACAGGCGAAACGCCCGCCGCCCCGUCUCCCGACCAAGCCCCGACCCCGCCCCGUACCGGCGGCCCUAGGGGCCCCAAGGAAAUGGGCACUCCUACCCCUCCAGCUCCCGAGGCAAGUCUCUCGGGAUCGCGCCCGAUGCCCAAGGGCCCAAAGCAGUUGCCGCCAGUCCAGGUGCCAACGCAGUCGCCCUUGCAAGCCAUUGAAUACAACACCAGCCCGGCCCCCGCGGCUCGCCCGAGUCAGCAAGACUUGGUUGCGCAGUCGCCUCAAGGUGCCUCACCGCACCCGGCCGAAGUGACACCACAGCACACGCCGAGACACGAGCGCUACGAGAGUCCCUCUUCCCAGUACGACGACAGAGACUACAGCCCGAGGUUUUCAUCCCAGGAAAUUGUCAACCAGGUCCACUAUCGCCAGGGCUCCGAGCCGCCCCGUGAAAUGCUCUAUUUGGAGGAUCAGCGGCAGGCACCCCCCGUCGAGGAUGAUCGUCCGCCACCUCCGCCCGCUCAUAGAAGCCGCGGCAACUCUCAAGACAUGGUGGUGAGGAGUGCCUACGACACUCCGCCAAAGUCGGCGGGUGCCAUGAGGCAAGAUGUCCUCCGAAAUGAGGCACAUCGCAUGUCGUUUUCUCCCGCAGCGUACCCCGGACGGCCCACCUACCGCGGCUUCGAUUCGGCUCCCGCCGUCACCAACGCGCUUCCGGCGCCCGAGGAUCACCACCACGAGCCGCCCCCUCCGAGGCACCACUCGUACGACGCUCACGCAGAGUACAGAUCAAUGCAGCCAACAGUGGAAGACGUGCCAGAGUCGCCCAGCACUUCUGCGAAUGCUCAUCAACGAAGAAUCUCACGUGCACCUCAGUAUGAGGAGAGCCAGGAACAAAACCAGCCUCCUCCUCCUCCGCCAACACAGCAGUCGCAACAGCAUCACUAUCACCAGCAACAGCACCAGCAACACCAGCAACACCAGCAACAACUGCAGCAGGAACAAUCCAUGCAAGUAUCCCAUCGCCGCAACUCCCACACGCCGCAGUAUGACGAGAUGUCACAUGAUCAGGGCUACGACCAAGUACCUAGUCCUGCGCCCCUGAACAUCGGGGGCAGAGGGAGUGCCGGCUCCUCUCGCCAGCGGGGACACUCGCCGCAACCUGGCUACUCGCGAGGGGACGAGACGUCUCAGGCGGGCCGCUACAGCACCUCGCCUCGUCCGGAUUAUCAGCCAAGAGGGGACGAAUUGGUGUUCGCAGGCCGAGGCGGCGCUUCUCCUGGCCGCUACAGCACCUCGCCACAGCCAGAUUAUCAACAAGAUUAUCAGCUGAGAGGCGAUGAGCUGGUACUUGCUGGCAGAGGGAACGUAUCGCCGGGUCACUACAGCACUUCCCCGCAGCCGUAUCCCAGGGGCGACGAGAUGGCUCGUCGUCAGCAAGCCUCUCCCAUAGCGACGCGGGAUUUCGCUCCGAGCCCGAUGGAUGGAUCGCCGUAUCACUCGCACUCUCGCAGCCAGAACCAGUUCACCUCGCAGCGGUCUGAGCUGUCGGGUAGCGAGAUCACGGCCCACGGCAUGCCCGCCGUGCCGGCCUCGUUGGUGCCGGGCGUCGAUCACGCCAUCUCGCAAGAGGUUUCGGACCGCAUCUACGACGAGAGACGCCAGCAACGGCGCUACACUGAUCAGAGUACGACGGCCCCAACCCGUGGAAGGCAUCAUAGCGAGCCUGUUGGGUACGACGUCAACUACUCAAACCAGACAUACGUCCCACCGGGAUACAACUCCCGGACAUCAACAUAUGGUGCCCCUCCACCCGACAUGAACAGGGGGCGGGGCCCUUCGCCGAACCCAAUGAGGGGACGGGGCGCCUCUCCCAAUCCUAUGAUGGCGCGAGGCUCUUCGCCGAAUCCCAUGAUGGCCCGGGGGUCUUCUCCCAAUCCCAUGACGGCACGAGGCGCCUCGCCCAACCCUGCAGCCAGAAGGGGCGUUUCACCUCAGCCUCCUCCACAGCACAUGAGGUCGCGAGGCAUCUCUCCUAAUCCUCAAACGCAGCACACGAUCAAGCGGAAGUCUGUUAGUCCCGCGCCGCCUCCGUCGGAUCAUCGAAGGCUGUCCGGUAUUCCGUUCGGCCCCGACUCAUAUGACAUGCUCAACCCAGCGGUGUCGACGACCAACAGCGACAUCUCGAGGCCUGAUCCGAACGAGAAGAUCAUCACCCACGACGGACGUGAGAUUGACCCGUCGGAUCAUCUCCCCAUGGACACGUGGGCGCCGGAGCCGGAGCCCAAGGGUCCCAAGACGCCGGCCUCGGCUUCCACCCGAUCACGGGCGUCUCCUGGCGGUGCUCAGCCCAUGCCCACGAGCGGCCGUCGUCAGCUUCGUAUUGCAGCCCGGCCCCAGUCCCAAGCCUCCUCACCUGUGACGUACGGAUCGGAGCCGUACCACAUACCCGGCAACCCCCCUACUAUGAACAACGGUAGCCGGAACCGACUCCAGAAGAAGACGCAGCGCACGUCAGCUCUUCCUUCGACGUCGCCGGCGGGAUCCAGCCCCCUGGCUCCCAUUUCAUCACACAACUACCAGGGUAGCGGUAGUGACUUCACACCACCGCGCUUGCCAAGGGCGAGCACCUGGGAUUACCCCAGCGAAAACCAUGCGCCACAGUACGGCAGCUCUCCGGGAGGGACAUAUGGCGGCAGCGCACCUCCUAUCCCUGCCAAGGUCCCUCUGCCCGUCAUGAGCGGCGCGAACGGCGACAACGAGUGGGCGCUGAUGCAGGAAAUGAGCCGUAUCGACAUAGGUGCCGGUCGCUCCAGGCGUCAUCGGCACUACUGAGCUACGGUCGCACAUGAUUCACGGCGCGGCGUUCUGACACGGGUGGUCAUGUAUUUGUACUCUAUUUGCCGGAUGCGGGAUUGGGUUUUCAGGAUUGCAUGGGGCGAGGGUUUGGGUGAAUAAAGCACAAAACAUGGCUUGGGCUACGGGGUGGUCUUGACAUGAUAGGAUGGUUUGGCAAUGCUGUAAACAGCCGGAAUUCCAUUUCUCCACGUUCAAGAUGUA